AAAUGUUUACAUGAUAUAAUAAUUAUUAACUACACAAAAAUGCGUUAACGUUUAUUAUUGUUAUAUUUACAGUGUGACCAACUACUUCUUGGUGAACCUGUCUGUCGCCGAUCUCUUGGUGACGUUCAUUUGUAUGCCAAUGGCCGUCGGCCAGUCCGUCAGCGGUUUGUGGUUGUACGGCGAAACGAUGUGCAAAUUAACAUCGUACCUACAAGGUGUUUCAGUGGGAGCAAGCGUUUUUACAAUAGCUGCAAUGAGUAUAGAUCGAUACUUAGCCAUCGAACAUUCAAUGUCGUUCAGAAAGGUGCUCAAUCGAAAAUCAACAAUCUAUGUCAUUCUUGCACUGUGGCUAGUGUCGAUGGUGAUAUUUGGUCCGAUUCUAUGGGUCCGUCAAACAGAAUCCGUGGAAUUGGGAGAUGAUCCGAUAUUGAUCGACGCAAUACAUAGAUAUGGUUUGGCGUGGUGCAUAGAAGACUGGGGACAUACACAUUCAAAGUACACACUGUCCAAACACGCUUAUGGUGUUCUUUGUUUUGUUCUGGUAUACGCUACACCGGGAUUUUUAGUGACUGGAGCAUAUACAUUAAUGGGACGGCGACUAUGGGCAGUACGUCCACCCUUUGAUGACCAGCAGGGCAUGAUAAGCGUUCAACAGGUCAGAAUGGUUCGCGAAAGACGAAGAGUGGCAAGAAUACUUUUCGUUUUAGCAGUGAUAUUCGCAUUGUGUUGGCUACCCUAUAACUUACUGACGCUGUUUUUAGAUUUAGACGUAAAACUUGACAAAUUCGGUCUAGAUCAGGAGUAUUUAAUGAAGUGGUAUCCUUUUACAUUACUGUUGGGACACGCUAACUCCGCAAUCAACCCUUUGUUAUACUGUUUUAUGACAAGGAAUUUUCGAAGAACAAUAAAAGGAUUUGUGUGCAAUACUGGAAUUGCUAAACCGAGAAGAAGAAAUCGAUGCAAAAAGGGGUUGACAGAGAAAAGCACAACAAGUGGAUACGGCUCGUUCCACAACCCACAUCGGCUGUGUUUCAGCCUGGCUCAGCUACACCAAAACAAUACGGUCCAAACGCGAACUGCAACCAUAUCAAACCUGGCUGUCCUAUAAAUGGAAAUGUUAAUGCGGAGUUUGUUUUGUAAAAACUCCAUUAAUUUUAUGAAAUUAACUUGUAAUAUAUACAAGG